UAACCAUAUAUAGUUAGCUUGGCCAAAGAUGCCUGGAAGGUAGUAACAACUGAGAAUGGCUCAGCAAAGUAUUCCACGCGUCACUCUGAGGUCCGGGAAUGCAAAAGAUAUGCCAGUUUUGGGACUCGGAACAUCAGCUGAUCCAUUUCCAACAGCAGAAGUAGUCGUAAAAGCAGUGCUUGAAGCAAUUGAGCUUGGUUAUAGGAUGUUUGACACUGCCACUCUUUACCAAACAGAGAAAGGCCUUGGUGAAGCUAUAUCUCAAGCUCUUAGUCUUGGUUUGAUUAAGUCUCGUGAUGAGGUCUUCAUCACCUCAAAGCUCUGGUGCACUGAUAACCAUGGUGAUUGUGUCAUCCCUGCACUUCAGAAGACUCUGAAGAAUAUGAAAUUGAAGUAUCUUGAUCAGUAUCUUGUUCACUUUCCAGUGAGUAUGAAGCCCGGAUCAAUCCCUUAUCCAGCAAACCCGAAAGAUGUUGUUCCAAUGGACAUCAAAUCUGUUUGGGCAGCUAUGGAAGAAUGCCAAACACUCGGACUUACAAAAUCAAUAGGUGUCAGUAAUUUCUCUUGCAAGAAGCUUGCCAAUAUUCUGGCUUUUGCAGAGAUACCUCCAGUGAUCAAUCAAGUGGAGAUGAACCCUGCAUGGCAACAAGGGAAGCUAAGGGAGUUCUGCCAGGCAAAUAAUAUCAAGGUAGCUGCUUAUUCUCCUCUUGGAGCAGCAGGAGCCUAUUGGGGAACCAAAGAAGUACUGCAAUCUGAGGUUUUAAUGGAAAUUGCCAAGUCGAAAGGAAAAUCCGUGGCACAAGUGGCUUUAAGAUGGGCUUAUGAGCAAGGGGUUGUCAUUGUGAUGAAGAGCUUCAACAAAGACAGACUAAAGCAGAAUCUUGAAAUUUUUGGCUGGGAGUUAAGCGAUGAAGAGUCCAAGAAGAUUGCUGCAAUCCCACAGAGCAGGGCAUACCUUGGGACAAUGUUUAUUUCUGAAACUGGUCCUAUCAAGUCAAUUGACGAGCUUUGGGAUGGAGAACUAUAAGAUCAUAACAACAUAAAUAUAAUAAGGCAACUACCUGUAUUCGUUUCAAUACUCAGGGUACUCAUUUGCCACGUUCGUUUUGAUUUGUCACUUCUGUUUUCAGCUAGUUCUUGUGUUUCACAGAUCAUCCUUUAUGUAAUUUAAAGUUACUACAUAAGCCACAUAAUUCUUGCUGCCUACCUAAUGAGGAUGGCGACGCCCUGAAGCCUGAGCAGAAGAGCUCCUGUAGGGCUGUUUCGCAUGCUGGCCUUAUAAUUGUUUGUUCAUUGCAACUGGAA